AUGAGAAAAGAAGGAAAAGGAGAUGCGAGAGAAACCAGGGAGAAAGGAAGAAGAAGAAGAGAAGAAAGAGAGAGGAGAAGAAAGAGAAUGAGGGAGAGCGAGAGAGAGAGAGCACGUACCAUGGAAAGUCGGAGACGUCAUCGGAGAUCUAGACCAGUACCGCCGGCCACCAUUAAUCAUCACCAUCGGUCCGAGCAUCACCGGAGGUCACAUCCAUCACCGUCGGAGCUUCCGAUCAACCGCCGUAAGCUCACGCCCGUGAGGAUUGAGAGUGCACAUCAGUCUCUUGCGCAGCAAGCAAUCGAAUCUUCACCGAAUGGCGGUUUAAAGGUACCGUGCACAAGUAAGAUGGAGGGAUUGGGAAGGCGUGUGGCGCACCAUAGUGGAUCCUCUUGCUUGGUGUUGGUGUUUGCUGGAUGUGGGGUAGAUAAAGGUUGCUCUUACCCAAUCCAUCGUCGGUGGCUUGACGAGCCAGGCGUCUUGAAAGAGAGGCGUCUUGAAAGAGAGGCGGACAGCGAUGUGGCGCUUUGUACCACGGGGGAUGUGCGCAGUGAUGCGCGGAUACAUCCAGGGUGUUGA